AUGUCCGAUUAUAUCGGAUCCAGAAUAUCCCUCAUAUCCAAGAGCGACAUCCGCUAUGUCGGCACACUUGCGAGCAUCAACUCGGAUGACUCGACUGUCUCGCUCGAAAAUGUGAGGACGUUUGGCACUGAGGGCCGCAAGGGCAAGAUCGAGGAAGAGGUCCCCCCUUCCGACCAGGUCUACGAGUACAUUGUCUUCCGCGGAACGGAUGUCAAGGAUCUCAGGAUCGAGGAGGGCCCCGCCGCCAAGGAGAACAAGCCGCCGGCUGUCCCCAACGAUCCUGCCAUUGUUGGUGCUCGCCCUCGGCCUGGCAACGUCGCUCCUGGCCCACCUGGUGGUCCUCAAGGCCCUCCACAAGGUCCCGGUCCCAUCGGGCACCCAGGCCCGCACGGCGCUCCGAACCAGCCGCAGCCUCCUCCAGGCGCACCUGGUUAUGGCUACUUCCCUCCUCACAUGGGAGGAUGGGGUGGACGUCCAGCUCCUGGUGGCCCCGGUGGUCCCAGUCCAGGCCCCCCGGGGUGGUUCCCGCCGGGACAAGAGUUUCCGCCAAUGGGUCCCGGGCAAUGGAACCCGUAUCCUCAGUUUCCUCCUGGUCCUGGUGGUCCUGGUGGCCCUGGUGCUCCUGGUGGUCCUCCCGGUUUCCCUGCCGCUCCUGGUGCACCUGGACAAGGUCGUCAGUCGGCUGACCAGACGCCCAGCAACCAGGGUCCAGGCCAAAAGCCCGCACCCAUCGGUCCUUCUGGAGAAAAGAAGGCCCCGACUCCAGGACACAAUGCUCAGCCUUCGGAGUCCAAGCCCAUGAUCCCACCUCAGCAAUCUGCGGGUGGUCCGGCACCUCCUCCGCCCGUCGCUUCCAAGCCCACUGCCGAGGAAGUCAAGGCCACGGCAGCUAAUCUCGCCCAGCCUACUGCUCCGGCUUCCUCUCAGGGCAUUCCCACAGGUCCCAAGAGCGAUCGCCCUGUGCAGAUUCUGCCCGCUAUCCCCCUUCCAGUUGGCUUGACCUCUAGAGUUGCUCAGCCAUCGCCCUCCGCCACCAGAUCCGAGCAGAACAAUGCCGGCGCUACACCCGCUGCAUUGCGCGAUGCCACUCAGGCUGCCAAGGAAGCCGUUGCCAAUGCGAUGGCUCAGAUGGAGAACAAUGCAUACGCUCAAAUUGCCAGCCAGGGCGCUGCUGUUGACAACUUGACCAAGAAGGUCAACGAGAUGAGGGUCAAUGCGGCUCGUGGUGGUCAUGCCCCUCGCGGUGGAGGCGGACGUGGACGUGGAGGUGCUCGCCCUGCUGCCAAGGUGGAGGUCCCCGAUUCCGACUACGAUUUUGCGACUGCGAAUGCCAAGUUCAACAAGCAGGACCUUGUCCGUGAGGCUAUCGCUGGUGGCUCGCCAAUUGUGGAAGCUCCCGCCCCAGAGGCUGUUGCGCCCGAAGCCCCUGUUGAGAGCACCGAAGCGGUUGAACCCGCUUACAACAAGCAGCGGUCGUUCUUUGACAACAUCUCUAGCGACCUGAAGGACAGGGAGAAUGCUUCUCAGAAGCCGGGCGGCCGUGAGUGGCGUGGAGAGGAACAGAGGAAGAACAUUGAGACCUUUGGCCAAGGCAGCGUCGACGGUGGUUACCGUGGUUAUCGCGGCGGUCGGGGCCGUGGCCGUGGAGGUCGUGGACGUGGAUUCCGCGGAGGACGGGGCGGUAAUAAUGGUGGAUAUCGCCCCCAACAACAGCAAACACAGGCACCCCAGUAG